AUGGCUUCUUCAGUGGCUUCUUCAGUGAAUUCGAAUGCUCUAAGUUUCUCCUCCAUCGAGCCCUUGAAUGGACAUAAUUUUAGGAAGUGGAAGCAAGAUGUUGAGAUCAUGCUAGGACUGAUGGAUUACGAUCUUGCAUUGAGGGAAGACCAGCCACCUGCUGUGACUGAAAACAGCACUAAUGAGCAAAGGAUGAAGGCUAAAAAGUGGGAGAAAUCCAAUAGGAUGACUCUUAUAGAGAUGAAGAAGUCAAUCACUAAGACCGUCAGAGGUGGGAUUCCACUGUGCGAGAAGGCGAAAGACUUCCUAGAGGCUAUGGGUGCAAAGUUUAAGGUUUCUAAGAAUGCUGAAAUGGGUAACUUGAUGACCACUCUGACAUCACUCAAGUUCGAUGGGAAAACUAGUGUUCGUGAGCACAUUUUGAAGUUGGUAGACGCUACAGCCAAGCUGAAGGAUCUCAAGAUGCCACUUGAUGAUUCUUUUAUUGUCCAUAUGGCACUCUCAUCACUACCUGAAUCAUUUGAACAACUCAAGAUAUCAUACAACACAUAA